UCCAAAAUCAGCAUCACAUUUUACACUGUGCUCUGUACCCUUCAUCCGCUGAGAAAAUGGUAGAUGCUUUCUGUGCCACCUGGAAACUGGUAGACAGCCAGAACUUUGAUGAGUACAUGAAAGCUCUGGGAGUUGGCUUUGCGACCAGGCAGGUAGGAAACGUGACUAAGCCAACAGUCAUCAUUAGCCAAGAAGGUGACAAAGUGGUGAUUAGGACUCAGAGCACAUUCAAGAAUACAGAGAUCAGCUUCAAGCUGGGGGAGGAAUUUGAUGAAGCCACUGCUGAUGACAGGAACUGCAAGUCCACUGUAACCCUGGAAGGCGAUAACCUAGUCCAUGUGCAGAAGUGGGAUGGCAAAGAGACUACGUUUGUAAGAGAAAUAAAGGAUGGCAAAAUGGUUAUGACUCUAACCUUUGGUGACAUUGUUUCUGUUCGUCAAUAUGAGAAGGCAUAGACAUUGGAAGCCUGCUUCUGCUCUCCAUUUACUUAAGUGUUCACUCCAUAUAUGAAUUGAAGAUGUCAAACUCUACUCACCAUUUGCAUGCCCUGUUUCAAAACAAUCUGAUCUGUACACUAUCAAAUUGAUAACU